AAUCCACAACCCCAUGCUGUUAGGAGCCAGCACCAUUGGCGGGCGACUAUUUUCAGUUCCUCCACAAGAAAAGUCACUUACCGCUUCUUUGACCUGACCGAAUUUAAUCAAGCCUUCGCAAGACAAAACAUUCUUUCGCUAAAAGAACGAGUAAGAUGGAACGGGGAACUAGAAAUAACAGAGCGCGAUGAAGAGGAGUAUGAUCCCAGACAAGCUCUCCUUGCUGCCAAAAGCAAAGCCCAUGGAGGUGCACCGAAAACCAGGAUCACAUGCAUAAGUAAUUUAGUAGUUGGGCCUGGAGAGGGUCGCGCUACCCGCGAAGUAGACCUUAUUUGGUCGCUAAAUCUUUACAACACUGCACAUUUAGGGAAGAUGUGCAUUAGACUAUAUGUAAGCCGUAUUCAACUUGUAUAG